AUGCGGGAGCGUUGGCCGUUGCCUGUUGCCGUGCCGCCCCCGGAGCCCUGCGGGGCGGAGAGGAGCCGYUUCCUACCGCAAACACCGCUGGGGGCUCGGGCGCUGCCGGCAGAGCUACRGAUGCUUGCCGGAGCCGGAACCGCCAGGGGAGACUUGGCCGAGGCAGCGAUCCCUGGGUGCGGAUCUGCCAGCGGCAGGGGCGGGAUCAAAGAGCGAAAGCGCCAGCACCUGCUGGUGCCGUCGGCGGUGACACCCCCGCGCUGGCGGGGAGCCAGGCCACCGGCACCUGGCUGUGAAGCCUUCCGGGCUGGCAGAGAGCGCAGGGAUGAGGACUGGAUGCUGGUGGCGGUGCCCAUUCCAGAUGGGGACGCUACCUGCCUGCACCUGCACCUGACCUGCCGGCACCUGCUGCCCGCACUCCCUGCCGGCCCGCCGCCACUCGCUGCCCGCUGGCACCCACUGCCUGCACCCACCUCUGCCCGCACUCGUGCCUCCCCACGCACCCUGCACCUGCCUGCCUGCACCUCUGCCUCUCCACUGAUCCUGGACCUGCGUUCCUGGUCUCCUGCACCCGCAGUGUGUGUUCGCACACACGUGUGCGCGUCCCUGUGCGCGCCCCCGGCCCCGCCCCGCCCCGCGGGACCGCCCCGCUCCCUCCCGGCGGACGCGGCGGGCGGGGCCGGGUCGGGCCGAGCCGAGCCGGGACACAGCCGCGGCGCCACCAGCCAGACCCCGGCCAUGAGCCGCACGCUGCUCCUGCUGCUGCUCCUGCUGCGCGGCCUCGCUGCCGGCCGCCCCCCACCCGCUGCCACCCCCCGUCUCAAGCUGUCCUUCCCCGAGCUGCGGGCUCGCCAUGGGCUGCGCCUCUUCUCGCUGGAGCGCUCCUGCUGCUACGACGCGCUGCUGCUGGACGAGGAGCGCGGCCGUCUCUUCGUGGGCGCCCAGAACCACCUCCUCUCCCUGGCCCUGGAUGACAUCAGCCAGCGGGACAGGAAGAUCUACUGGCCGGCUCCCGUGGAGUGGAGGGAAGAAUGCAACUGGGCCGGCAAGGACAUCACCGCUGAGUGCAUGAACUUUGUGAAGAUCCUGCACCCCUACAACCGGACCCACCUGUAUGCCUGCGGCACUGGUGCCUUCCAUCCCGUKUGUGCCUUCAUCGAGGCUGGCCAGCAUGCAGAAGAGCCCAUUUUCAAGCUGGACCCGCGCCACACUGAGGACGGCAAGGGGAAGAGCCCAUACGACCCCCGGCAUUCAGCCGCCUCUGUCCUUGUGGGCGAGGAGCUCUACUCUGGGGUGGCCACCGAUCUGAUGGGCCGUGACUUUACCAUCUUCCGCAGCCUGGGCCGUCGUCCCUCCGUCCGCACGGAGCAGCAUGACUCCCGCUGGCUCAACGAGCCCAAGUUCGUGGCCGUAUUUUGGGUGCCAGAGAGUGAGGACCCUGACGACGACAAGAUCUACUUCUUCUUCCGUGAGACAGCAGUCGAACGGCAGCAGGGACUGGGCAAGACCAGCUUUGCCCGCAUCGGCCAGAUCUGCCGGAAUGACGUGGGCGGGCAGCGCAGCCUGGUGAACAAGUGGACAACAUUCCUGAAGGCUCGGCUUGUGUGCGCCGUGCCGGGACCUGACGGGGCAGAUACCCACUUCGAUGAGCUCCGGGACGUUUUCCUGCUGCAGACAAGGGACAAGCGCAACCCUCUGGCCUACGCCAUCUUCUCCACCUCCAGCUCUGUUUUCCAAGGCUCAGCUGUCUGUGUCUACACCAUGGCCGACAUCCGCCGGGCUUUCCUGGGCCCCUUUGCGCACAAGGAAGGUCCCAACUACCAGUGGGUGUCAUACCAGGGCCGUGUACCUUACCCCCGCCCGGGCAUGUGCCCCAGCAAAACCUUCGGCACCUUCGGCUCCACCAAAGACUUCCCAGACGAGGUGAUCCAGUUUGCCCGUCACCACCCGCUGAUGUACAACCCUGUCUUGCCCCAUGGCCAGCGCCCCCUCUUCCUGCAAGCCGCUGUGCCCUACACCUUCACCCGCAUCGCUGUGGACCGUGUCACCGCUGCYGAUGGCCACUACGAUGUCCUCUUCAUUGGCACAGAUGUGGGCACAGUGCUGAAGGUGGUCUCAGUGCCCAAGGAGAGCUGGCACCGCAUGGAGCCGCUGCUGCUGGAGGAGCUACAGGUCUUCCAGGAUGCCUCCCCCAUCACCAGCCUGCAGCUCUCCUCCAAGCGGCAUCAGCUCUACGCUGGCUCGGCCACAGGGCUGGCCCAGCUGCCCCUGCACCGCUGCGGUGCCUAUGGCAAAGCCUGUGCCGAGUGCUGCCUGGCCCGGGACCCGUAYUGCGCCUGGGAUGGCAACACCUGCACCCGCUACGUGCCCAACACCAAAAGGCGUUUCCGCCGCCAGGACGUCCGCAACGGUGACCCCAACGUGCUUUGCUCUGAAGAUCCCCGGCGAGACAGCGUGCCCCAGAAGCAGCUCUACGGGGUAGAGGGAAGCACGGUCUUUCUGGAGUGCAUCCCCAAAUCCCUGCAAGCCCACGUCCUCUGGACAUACCAGCGCACCCUGAAUGAUCCCCAGCGAGAGGUGCAGAUGGACGAGCGRGUGGUGCGGACGGAGCGGGGCGUCCUGCUGCGGAGCGUGCAGCGCGCCGACGCCGGCCUCUACCUGUGCCACGCCACCGAGCACGGCUUCACCCAGCCCCUGCUGCGGCUCUCCCUGGAGGUGAUCGGUGCCUGGCAGGCCGCGGGCGUGGCAUCUGCCGGAGACCCCCAGCUCGCCGCCGGGGUCCCCGGCCGCAAGGUCUGGUACCGGGACUUCCUCCAGCUGGUGGAGCGUCCACCGCUGGGGGCCACGGACAAGGUGUGCCAGAGGCUCUGGAGCCGGGGAAGACCCCCGCCCCCGCCCCGGGCUCCCGCCGGGCCCCCCGGCCGCGGGCAGGGCGAGGAGCCGCGCAGAGCCCGCCGCCGGCGCACCCACGAGGGGCCGCGGGCCGAGCGGGGCCCCCGCAGCGCGUCCCCCUGGUGACCCGGGGGUCGGCCCCGGGCGCCGGGCUCUGCCUAGGAGCGGGGCCGCAGGUGGGGCACAGCCUCGGCCGCUGCCGGCAGCGCUGCGUGGGCAGUGGCGGGGCUGCAGCUCCGGGGCCGCGGGAGAGCAGCCGGGCUGAGCGGCUCCCCGAGGAGCUGCGGACUGCCCCUGCCACCGGCUCCGACACCGSUGGGGACCCAGCCGGCUGCCGGCAUCGCAGAGACACCGAAAUAUUUAUUAACGACUGUUACGAUGAAUGUAAACCUGCAGAGCCAGGCAGUGUCCCCCCAGCACGGCACUGCGGGAGGACAGCGCAGCAGGGUCACCCUCGGGUCCCAAAGGGGCUACAGGCAGGAGUGGGAGCACGGAGGGGCUGGACAGGCACUGGUGGGACGCAGGGGCCCAGCAGGAGGAGGG